AUGAGCCAUAUGUACGACGAUCAGUACUAUGAACCCUCACAUCGCCGCUCUGUUGCGACUCCGUCCCCUUCGUCCAUGCACCCCCGCUACCACAACCAAAGCAACACCGUGCGAGUAAGCAACGGCACUGCCAGCACCAACACCAGCUUUUCCAGCGGCCACAUGUCCGAGGCUACCAACAUCACACAGCCGCCCGCUUUCUCGAAAAAGUUCGUCGUGGUGGGCGAUGGCGGAUGCGGCAAGACCUGCCUGUUGAUUAGCUACUCGCAGGGGUACUUUCCAGAGAAAUAUGUCCCCACCGUAUUUGAGAACUACAUCACCCAAACCAUUCACCGCGCAACGGGCAAGGCAGUAGAGUUGGCCCUCUGGGAUACCGCCGGCCAGGAGGAAUAUGACCGUCUGCGCCCGCUAUCCUAUCCCGAGACUGAUCUUCUGUUUGUCUGCUUUGCCAUUGACUGUCCUGCGUCAUUGGAGAAUGUGGUGGACAAGUGGUAUCCCGAGGUCCUUCAUUUCUGCCCAACCACCCCGAUCAUCCUGGUGGGCUUGAAGUCUGACCUCCGCUCCAAGCGAACAUGCAUUGAACUCCUCAAGACACAAGGGCUCACGCCCAUAACCCCAGAGCAAGGCCAAGGGGUGGCCCAUCGAAUGGGCGCAAGCUACAUCGAGUGCAGCAGCAAAGAAAUGCGUGGUGUUGACGAGGUAUUCCAGAAAGCGGUCGACACAGUCGUGGCCAUUGAAGAGCAAGGCUGGACCACCCAGCAGUCACAUCAGCGCAGCAGCACCAAACCCGGUGGCGGGGGCGGCGGAGUCCAAGGCAAGAAGGUCAAGAAGCGGACCUGCAAGAUCCUGUAG